GUCAGUUCAAUUAUUUAAUGAUAGAACACAAUCGCACGGUUAUUCAUCAAAUUAAACAAACAUAUAAAUUACAAUCAAUUCAUAAAGAUUAUUAUUUUAUAAAAGUGUUAAAAUUACACAUAAUCGGUUAUGGCGCUAUAAAUCAUAUAUUGGGCCUCUCCAGCCGACUGAGUGCGAGAGUAACUUAAAUCUCAAAAACAAAAAAAAAGAGUAUAUAGCUGUGAAAUUAAUCACUUAAUUACCAUGGUGGUGUUCCAAAUCAUUUCAAAUAGUGUCGUCUUAUCUACUGUGAAAUAGUGAUACCGUGCUCAAUAGUUGUCUUACUAAAUACACACAAACCUACCUACAAACGUAAUAAAUACAAGGGAACGGGUUGGCUGAAGUACUCGUGAUCAAUGUAGUGCUAAACCGGUAGACAAAGGAAACAGGAGUUACAUGCAUUAUUUACUUUACGAAGGCUAAAAAAACAACAACAACACUAAUUAAGGUCGUUUCAUGGGAAAUGAAUGCACUUUAGAUUGGACAUGCUGAUUGUUAACGUUUAUUGCACGCAAAAUGGUCCCAGGGCAACAUGAAAAGCGCUUAUUACUGCCGCAAAGGAGUCAUAACAAUCGCGACAUCAGUAAUACCUAUUCAACGGCUGAAAUUGAAAUAGCAGAGGUUGAUGAUAUUGAAAUGAACUGCAGUGAUGAAGACGACAUUGAGUGUAAGAUGGCUUCACAACAGUAUUAUGGCAAACAUGAGUUUUCCUUCAUGCAAAUAAUGAUGUCGGGAUUGCGUUGGCGAAAACGCGCUGUAAUACGCAUAUUAUGCUGUGUGAUGAUAUUGCUUUUAAUGUUAAUGUCUCUCUACAUGCCACUUAUUCCGAAUAUGCAAACACGACACACUGCACUCUCUGAUUGGGGCUACAAUACGUCCAGGAAUUUAGCUGACUAUGUGCUGCCUGAUAACAACACAGUGAUUUUAGAACCACAGCAUGUGUGUCACCAUAAGUUGUUUCUGCUUGUUGUUGUUUGUUCGAGUACGCAGAACUUUGCCAUAAGGCAAAUCAUACGUGAAACAUGGGGAAACACAUCGCAUUUCAAUAUCGGCAUGUUUAAAAAGCUACAUAAGCGCUUUGAAGGUCAAUACUUAGAACCGUCACCAGAACGCUUGCAAUACUACAGCGAAUUUCUAAAUUUACCAAAAAAAGACACACGAUCUGUUCCCGCCAUCGUACCGGUGAAAAUUUAUUUUUUGUUGGGACGCAGUGCACCCAAUGUGGAUUCGUCUAAUGAAACGUCAGCACUUAUACACGCCGAGUCCGAGCAAUACGGCGAUAUUAUACAAGAAAAUUUUCUCGACACGUAUAACAAUUUGACACUCAAAUCAGCGCUGGCACUAAAAUGGAUGAAUCAACGGUGUGGAGGGCGUGUGGCAUUCUUUAUGAAAGCUGAUGAUGAUACUUUCUUGAAUGUACCAAAUCUCUUGCACUAUCUACUGGGUGGCACUCUACCGCUCUACAACGAAACUAUGGAUUUGUACGAUUCGCAUACAUACCUUGUAUUAUCACCACGAAAUCGUUUCAAUGUCACAAGAAACUACUUGGGAGGACAUUUAUUUUGUUCCUCACGUCCAAUAUCAGUGGUUAGCAAUAAAUGGUACAUGCCAUACUAUAUGUUUCCGGGCGACAAAUACCCAAAGUACUUGAGCGGCUCCGCAUAUGUUAUGUCAGCCGAUGUGGUGUCACGCUUAUACGAAGCAGCACUGAAUACCACCUUCAUACACAUUGAAGAUGUCUAUUUAACAGGCAUAUGCGCUGAGAAAAUUCAUCUGCCCCGUCAUCAUAAUGCGCUAUUUAGUUAUACGCGUGCCAGGGACUGGUGCAGUUUUCGUGGAAGCAUCGCACAACAUGAGGUCAAGGAUGAAAGUAUGUUGGAUGCCUAUUUAUAUGUGACCAAUACGAGCUUGUAUUGUGCACCACCUGCUAAAUACAUGAAUAAGCGCUUGCAUAAGCAACUCGGCUGUGUUUGAAUGUAUAAAUGAGACUGUCAUUGCGAAGGUUAUAUCGAGAAUUACUAUAUUUUAAUAUCAUUUUUAUUAUGUUAAAGGUAUAUUUGCACCACCGCACAGUGGGGCCAAUGGAGAUCAUUUCUCGGAUUAAUUAACUGGAGCUUUAUUUUUAUAAUUUUUGAUUAUUUUAUAUUUUAUUCAAAUCCAGUUAGUCACAACAAAUAGUUUUUAAGAAGAUUUGGAAGCAGCUGUAAUAUUAAAAUAAUGGUUUACUAUAUAUGAUUAUAGAAUUGAAGCAAUUCCAAAAAGUUCUUAUUUAAUAUCGAUGCCAUCUGUAUCUAAACUCUCAUUGUAAUAAUUGUCACCUUCACUAACAUCAUCAUCGUCAUCGUCGACGUCAUCAUCAUCAUCAUCAUUAUCAUCAUCAUCAACAUCUUCACUAUCAUCAUCGCUAUUUCCAUACUCAUCACUUAUAAUUAAAUCGACAGCCUCUUCUGGUAAAUUUUGCAAGUUCUUUUUUGGCAAUCUUCGCAUGCUUGAAAUUAUUGGAUCUGAGGUUAAAAAAAAAGAAUUGAGAAUAUCUUGAUUAGACUUUUCGCGGCUGCACUUUCUUGAAUGGAAUUCCCGAUAUUUUUAAAAUCUUUAUUGCGAGCUUCUUGUGCUUCUUCUGAUAAUUGGCCAAUAGGCAAAAGUGCGUUAUCAAUAAUUUCAGGUCCGUGUAUAAAGUAUUUGUGAAAAGUCGGGGGCAUGUUGUACCACGGAUACAACUUAACAAAAAGUUUUGCUGUUUUACGUGAAAAAAAUCGAAAUUUUUUGUUGUUUAUUUCAUACCCACUAGAUACCACAAUUAAAAAAAUGUGCAUUUGCUUUAUCAAAUUUAAAUUUAUAGAGGUUAUUUCAGCAGACUUUUCUGCAUUUUGAAAAAAAAAAACGUCUGGUGGUAUUACCAUCAUUUGUGUUUCCAAACCCAGGUUUUGGUUGGUCCACUAUUAAUCCUAAAGUUUCUUUAAAUUGCUUCUGAAUUUUUCGCUUCGUCUCAGAAACGAUUUGUUUUUCUGAAUUGGUUCUAGCUUGCCAUUUCUGUAUCGGCAAUUUGUAUGAAAUAUGUAGGAGGCUUUCAAAAAAUCUAAUCCAGCCGUGAAGAAUAGAUAAGCCAAAUUUCAAGUUUUCUACAUUUACAGGUCUUUCGAUCAUGUCUUCUAUAUUGUUAAAAUCCUUAGUAGUUGCCCCACUUAAAUAGCACUUUUGUGUUGAUGUAGUUCCAGUUAAAGCAUUGCACACCUUCCCAUCAAUCAUUGUCAAAAUUAAUUUGUGAUCCACAUAUACAACUUUGUCAUUAACUAGUAUAAUUGUACAAAUUAAAUUCUUAAUUUCUUGUUCUACCCUUUCCUUUUCCGUAAUCGCCACAGAUUUGGUUUCCUUCACAAAUUCAAUUUUUAGGGGCCUACAAAAUCUAGUUGAUGAUGGUCGAGGAUUUUUCCAAAUUACUUGUUCAGCCAACAUAAGUUUUAGAGGCACAAUUGUAGUUAAAAAUACGGAGGAAUCGAUACCAUCACAUCCAUGAAAAGCUUGCUUGUACGAACUGUGACCAGAGCUUCCAUCAAAUCCCCAUUUAGUAUACAGUUGGAGUUUUUGGUUAAUUAACGAGUCAAUACGGUUUUCAUGAAUUUGUAUUAAUUGUUCUGCUGUGUGGUUUAAUAGUGCUUGUAAACUUACUUCAGCGGAAGUUUCGCUUAUUGUAAUGCACCGAUAUUCUGGAUAGCACUUUUUUUCUCGUUUUGUAUAAUUUUAUAUGACGGAAACUUAUCUGGAGCAGAUUGUCUAACAACAUUGUAUUGGUAGCGAGAUAGGUUAGCUUCUACGAAGACAGCUAGAGCUUUAAGAUUUGACAUUUUUGUACUGACUACAGGUUUCUUUAAACUUUCGUUAAACCUUUUGGCUGUUGAUGGUGAAAAAUGUACGAUACUACGUAUCGCUUUUGAUUUUUCUACGGAGCCGGUUGUUCUUAAUUUAGUUUCUGCUGCAUGAAAUAAAACUGGUAACUCUGUGGUAUCUCUUAAAAAUUUAGUUUUUUUUAAUUUAGACGAAUCACUAGAGUCACUAAAUGAAAUUUCUUUUCGACCUCUUUUACAUGCUUGACCUAGUGGAAACCCAAUUGACGAUUGUAGCCAAUUCUUAUUAAUAUCAGAUAGAAAUCUAUCUUCCCUUCUAUGGGCCUUAUUCCAUUUUUUCUUAAACUCAAAUACAAAUUUUUUUAUUCGUUCAUUGAAAACUUGAGAGUUGUCUUCAGAAUAACCAGUACGUUUUUUUAGCUCUUCUUUUAAAUGCAUGAUUUUAAAUUUAAUCACAUGACUCUUAAAAUAUGGUAUAUUAAAACAAAACAAAAAAAAAAAAUAUAAAAUAACAACAACAAAAGCAACGAAACUCCAACAAUAUAAACAACAACAGUAAAUGUAACAACAAAAACAACAACAAAACCGUUAGGCGCACAAGCUACAGUCCAGAAGCAAAUUUAAUUUAUAAAUUGCAUACGGAAUAUUAUUACAAAUGCGAGGAUAUCUUCUGAGGCGCACUGAUGCGCAACCUAAAUUUCUCUAAAAUAACAUUUAAUUGUUCAGGCUUUCCAAUGGUGUUUAAAUCUUAUCUGAACUCAAUUGAACUACCAACUUUUUGUCUACUUAAACUAAGAAAAUUAAUUUUUUUUUGGACUCCAUAUAUAUAAUCUCAAUUAUAACUUUACACACAAUUUAGCAAACUAGUUCAAUUAUUACCUGAGUUUGAUGGUUCCAUGGUUAAGUUUUACAAAUUUUUAGAAUUACUUUACAAAAACACAAUUUACGUACAAAAGAUCUGCGGCUUUAAAAAACAAAAAAUUAGAUUUUUGUUUCACAAAUAUCAAGUUUGUAGCUUCACUACGUAAGCACUAUUACGUAUUUGACAUUUAUUUUUUUGCUUACUGAUGUAGAAUUUUGUGUACUUAAAGCAAGUAUACUUAGUUUUGAAGGAUCUUCAUAUAUUUUUUUUUAAUUAAUCCGUGAAAUGAUCUCCAUUGGCCCCACUGUGCACCGUUCAGAAUGUGCUUCGCAUUAGUUGUAAGUUCAACAGUUUACGCUCAUAUACUUUUGUAUAUACAUACAUAUAUAAGAAGUUAUUCUAUCUAUAACUAUCAUAAACCCAUUUAUUAUAGAAAAAUAGCUACAAAACCUAUUUGCGCAAGUUUAUACAUGUAUGUAUGUAUGUAUGCAUAUCCCCAUUAUAUGAUUACAGCGUUGAAUGAUUUCAAGUGCUAUGUAAAUGAUAAUGUUCAUAAAGUUUUAUUUAGACAAUUGGAGUACUCACAAAAAUUUAUAACUGUAUACUUAUCGAUCAUGUGCUGAUGUGUCAUUGAUUGAUUGUUGAAAACUAAAAGUUCCGCACUGAAGAUAAUAUUAGAAUUGUAAAUACAUUCAAACAUGUCUUGGUCAGAAGUGUACUAUGUACUAUGUCGACUGAGCGUAAUUUCGUAAUACGUAUGUAGUUUGUGUAAUCGCCGAAAUCGAUCAUAUAUGGUAUAAUAUGCGAGAUUAUAUUAAAGUAAAGUUAUUACUCUGUCCUUCUAAAAUAAUUAAAAAUAUGUUUGAAUAAGUUCAUUGUCCAUAUAUUUCUUAUUAUUAAAAACAUAUGCGAAAUUAUAGACUAAUUUUAUUUGUAAUUGAUUUAAAAAUAAUAAUUGUUGUUUCCAGCCAUUUAUAGAGUUGAUAUAAAGUACUUAAAGUUCUGAAAAUAUAAAAAUAUAAACCGUGGUAGCUAAUUGUAUAUUUAUAAAUAUUUUAAUAUCUGGUUCUUAUUAAGCGAUAUACUAUGGCUAACUCAAAUCUACACAUAAAUUUAUUUAUAUUUACUAAAUUUAAAUAUUAUGCACAAAACAUACUGACGCUUUUUGGCAUGCUGUGUUCUUUUCUAUCAUCAAAUUGAUGAAAAUGUUUCGAUUUAAUUGCACAAUAAAUGUUUCUACAUAUGUACAUACAUAUCUACAAUUUGAACCGAUUUCCAAUCGAUUUAUUUACAAUUUAUUUUGAAGUUGUUGUUGUUGUUUCGUUAACAACUUCAUUUUAGUAUAAGAGAAAGUUAGAAAUUAUAUGGAAAAUAUUUCAAUACGUACUAUAAUUUUAAGCAAUUGGUGCGUGUGCAUGUAUGUUAUAAGUGAAAACACGCACAAUUAAGUAAACGUAUGUUUAUGUAUUAUCUAUGUAAUUUUAUAAGUCAAUAAUCCAAGUAUGUAUUUAUCAAUUUAUCAAACACGUACAUAGGUCAACGGAAUGAUAUACAUACGUAAUUAUUGCCAUACUUUUCAAUGUUCUUAUAAAUAUAACCUUAUAUCCAGUAUAUUAAUAUUUCGAAUAUGUAUUUUUUUUUUUUUUUUGAAAAUUAUUAGUCAAAAAAGAAUGUAAAACAAUAUGCUAAAUAAAAGAUCUGAUCACACUGGAGACAGUUAUUUUUGAAUUAAUUAAUUAUAUCGGAUGCAAAUGUUAGCAGGUUCGUAAUUAGAACAUAAAUCACCAACUGAAGUAUGGAGCGCAUUGCAAUAAGAACAAGAUGUGAUUAAUAACAUUGGUUUUAUUGAUGAAGCUUACAGAUAAUAAAAAAAAAUGUUUACAAGAAAGCAGUUACAUAAGAACAAAUCCAAACUAAAUUCUUAGAGCAUUUACAUAUAUUCUCGCAAUUACACGGACUAAAAAGUAUUUAAGAUGUUUUAACCGAAGUGGGAACUUUAGGCAAGCCAAACUCAUCAGUUUCAAUUCCACUCUGUAAACAGAUUUGCAAGAUAUUAUAAUGAAUUCAUUUUCAUGGCAAAACCCUGUAUACGCACUUUACUGCCGGGUAUAAUGCUGUCGGCACCCGGUUCCUUAUCAGGUGCUGAUGGCGCUUUCACCAUGUCAUCCAAAUAGCUGGUAUCGUCAUCGAGUGCGAUUUCAUCACCUAGUGCAUCCAACUCAGCUUGUAGUUCAUCAUCGUCAACCUCUGGCAUGCCAUAAGUACGUCCCAAAGCUUCUUGCACCUCAUCCGCUUGUUCUAGCAUAUCGGCCAUAUCGUCUUGGAUAUCCUUUAAUGUACAUACGAAAACAUCUAUCGUUAGUUUAAUUAUACAUGGUCAUAAAAAACCAUACGCACCUCGAUUUGAUCAAUAUUGACUUUCUUGAACUCCUUUUGCAUUUGUUUAACACCAUCCUUCAUUGCGGCCACAGUUGCUUGUGUGUCUUUUAGCGAUUGUGCAGCAUAAUUAGCCUGUUCCAUAUUAAAUGAUUGAUUACGCAGUGCCUCAACUUGCUGUUCAUAACUGGAAUUAAAGUCAUAUUGAAUGUAAAUGUUUGUUUUUGUAUAUGAGAGGUCCUACGCCUUUUUCUGUUUCAGCACACGCAUAGCUCGUUGCUUUACGGAGUUUUUAGCCGGACCUUCGCGCAUUUUCGACAUUUGCUCACGAUAUUUACGCAAUUCAUUGUCCAGCUUUGUAACCUUCUCCUCGAUAGCAUUCGCUCGAGUAUCAACCUUCAAAGAGUACAUUUUAUAGUUAAUUUUUUGUUGUUUUACAAACAAAAAAAUCUUUUGUUGUGCCCUAUUGAAAACUUACCCCGGCGAUGCAGUCGUUCAGAUUUGGUGCUGGCUCUUUGGGCUUACCUUUGCCAAAUAGACGAUUCAUGUUGUCUUUUUAUUUUAAUAUAGUGAAAAUACAAUUGUUCGAAAUGAAUUUAAAUAAAUUGUUUUUUAGUAAAUAUUUAGAAUUCUU